GCGCGAAUCUGGGGGAAGAGAGGAGAGGAGAGCUGGUCUGGAAAGUCAGAAUAGGAGAAAUUGCCAGAUGGUUGCGCUUCCGAGAUAGCCCUGGAGCAAUCCAUACGUGUGGAAUUAGUAGGGCUUAGUCAUCAUCCCGAGAUGGAUGAUCUUCCCCAUUAUGGCAGCUUCAAAACCGUGCAACCGCAAGGGGACGGCAGCGAUGGGCGUGUCCAAUCGAACCUUGCUAUGAUACUGCGAGCAUCGCGCCCAUGGCUUCUCCGCAGGGAGAGAAUUGGCAUCCGGCGAUUUCGAAACAGUGCCGUACUUAUCCCCAAUUCUAUUCAGCAAACCCGUCCAUCCGACCUCAUAAACUUGAUCAAGCCUGUACACCGCGAAUAUCUCGAUAAAGAGCGCACCAUUGUCUUUUUUCUCACCCCUGUGUUUGCAUCAUGGCUACAGGACCACCAGUCAUUUCUACGACCGGCCGUUGAAAGAGCCUUCGAGCAUAUUUUCCAGGACACAUCCUCUUCCCAAGACACAGUUGUCAGCUCUCUAGCCGCUGUCGUGGACAAGCUUCCAAUUCCAAUUUGCCGUCUAAGUCAACGAGCACACGACGUGCAUCAGACCAGGAAAGAUGGGCUCGAAGAAGGCGCUUCAGUCGCGAUUUCCCCAUGGGAUUACGUCGGAUAUGAUGGCGUAGCAUACGCCACGGUGCAGUCUGGAUAUAUCCAAACCCAAGCCCGGAUCGAUGGCAAAGCUCUCGGCUCAGUCGGCUUUGCGGCAGCUUCCUGUACAGGUCAUCUUCCUCUAGCCAACACCAUCUUCCAUACCGGUUCUCCGACGACCCUGGUUUGGACGGAAUGGAUGAAGAGGGAUGACACCCAGGAUCUUCAUCUCAUUUCCAAGAAGGACCUUACCAGAGCGGUCCUCAAGACAGGUCGGACCGACGUUGAUAGGACGCAGCCUCCGGUCUCGUCUGUCCCGCUGAUUCCCUUGACGCCUCCGCGCUUUGUUGAGGCAAGCAUGGGUAACAUCGUCCGUCGUAUCCGAACUGAGGAAGGAAAGAGUAUGACCGCGUCCGAAGAGUUGGAAUCGGUAGUACCGCGAUACUUCAAGGCGAGGAACGAAGCGCCUCGACCCAUGUCUGUGUGGGCCUUGGUUAUUCCAGAAGAUCGGAUCCAGAUCAUUGAAAAACAUGCCUCUCGUUGGCUGGAUCGAUUUAGAGGGCACACCCCCUAUGAAUCCGUCUGGAGGUCCAGGUUCCCUGAACCGUACGAUAUAUCAAUUGGGCAAGAUAGUCCGCUAUUCUAUGGCGCUCAUCUUCGUAAGGUACUUAGCGGUGGCGGUGGAUGGGGCAAGAAGGCCGGCCUACUUUCAUUGGACCCUUCUCCCGCUGCCGAGGAUGUUGCUCCAUUCCCUGGACAGGACAACGCCGCCGAUAUUGAAGAGGUGCCGGAUCUGUCGACGGCCCUUGGAAAUGUGGUAAAACCAGGGGACUCAAUUCAGUUUUUUACGACGCCGACGGCACAAGCGUUCGACGGGUGCGAUGCAGAACCUAAUUUGCGGUCUGCGAUAAGUGCGUUCAUGAACAUGGGCGAGAACCCUGACACAUGGGCGUUCGGCACCAUACCCAGCACGGUGGACGCCGACGAGGCUGGUUCAUGGCAGCAUAAACCUGCCGAGGAAAGGACAGUCUACGAGUUUUCCAACUUCUUCGGGGCGCUCACAGAAGGUGGCAUGACAGUCAGCUAUUCUGAUGAGCAGGCUCAAGGCACUGCUCAAGUGACAAAGAUCGAUGUACCGUACUCAAGAAUCUCCGUGUCGGAGGUUCAUCAACCGAUCGACAAUGAGUCGCCAAUUCGGGACGAUGUACGUAGUCCUGAGCACAGAUAGAUAUAAUAUUGUUCUCUAAUGUCUCAAUCGACAGGUAUUUUGUCAUUCGAAAGUUCUGACAAGUGAAAAACCCCCCAGGAUAAGAUUUUACAUCAACGAAAAGCUUAAGCCAACCGAAGAAGGCCCCAGGAUAAGAUUUUACAUCAACGAA